GUCACAUUGUGAGAGAGACAAAACCCGGGCGCUCCGGGGCUCACACGCGCACGCACACACGGACGACCCCGUCGCCUCUUCUCUCCGGCGCUGCCGAGAAAGCCAGCCCAACGUUCCCGUCCUGGGGCGCCGAGGCUCUGCAAGCUCAGAGCGCAGCCCAGAGCCGACCCAGAAGGCGGAGAGAACCGGCGCACAAGCCUUCUUCCUCCCCUGCCGGCCCGGGCUGAGGCGCCCAUCCCCCGCCCUGAGCCCCUGUCUCUCCCACCCCACCCUUCUCGGUCUCACACGGACAGAGAGCGGGGCCGGGUGUGCCCCCGUUCGGAAGCCUCGUUUCAGCACUUCGGACAGCGCCCGGGAGCCCCGGGCCCUUUUGGUUGGCCAUGGCGAGCGUUCAACAAGGAGAGAAACAGCUUUUUGAGAAGUUCUGGCGAGGAACCUUUAAAGCCGUGGCCACCCCGCGUCCCGAGAGCAUCAUUGUCGCCAGUAUCACGGCCCGCAAGCCGCUGCCAAGGACAGAACCCCAGAGCAGCCCCAUGGUCCCAGAUCAGGAUGGACCCUCGGAAAAGCUGAGCCAGCCUCUGGCCACUGAGGUCUUGGGCUCCAACAGCUGGGAGAGAGGCAAAGCCUGCCAGGAGGCCAGUCCUGCCAGAGCACACGGUGCCUCCCAAGGCAAAGACUUGACGCCACCCCCUUCCUCCAGGGGGAAGAAGAAAAAGAAGAAAGCUACCCGGAAGAAGAGAAGGAGGUCCCCAUCAUAUAGCCCAUCGCCUGUCAAGAAAAAGAAGAAGAAAAGUUCCAAGAAACAUAAGAGACACAGGUCAUUCUCCAAGAAGAGAAGGCACAGCUCCUCCAGCCCAAAAAACAAAAGAAGGGAAGAGAAGAGGCACAAAAAACAAUCGCGAAGCCGGCCCCGAAAGUCUCACCGCCACCGUCAUCACCACUGCCCCUCGCGGUCUCAGAGUUCGGAGUCCCGCUCCUCAAGCUGUGACAGCAGGCACCGUGGCCAGUCCCCCGAGGAAGGGCGGAAGUCCCGCCGAAGGCACUCUCGCCGCUGCUCCAAGACCUUCUGCAAGGCCAGCCCUGAGUCCCGGUCCAGCCCCGCGCCCAGCCAGCCCCUGCAGAUGCUCAGCUUCCUGUCGGCCAGGGGUGUAAUCACUGGGCCGGGGGCUGCUGCUCUCUUUACCAGAACUGCCAGGCUGCUCGCCACGUCCCGAGGACGCUCCCAGGAGUAUGACUCGGGCAAUGACACCUCCUCGCCACCCUCCAUGCAGAUCAGCUCAGCCAGGUCUCGGGGUCAGGAGAAGGAGAGCCCCACUGGGGGCCUGAGCAAGAGCCGGGGCCCCAACAGCGGCAACACCUCUGAUUCAGGGAACUCCUUCACCACCUCCUCCCCCCAGAACGAGGGGGCCGCUUUGGAGAAUCUCUCCCCCACCAGCAGGGGCAGAGAGUCAAGAGGAUUCCAGCCGCCAUGUCUGGAGUGCACCGAGGUGAAGGAGUCCAGUUUGGACCCACCCCCAGCCCGGAGCCCCCCCAUGAGAGGGCGCUCCCGCAGCUCGUCCUGUGCCAGCGCCCACUCCUCCGGAUCUCCGAACCCCAGGGCCUCCCCCGGGUACUCCAGGAGCCGAUCCACCUCCUCUGGGAAAAGGUCCUCCUCCCGCUCUCCCAGCUAUUCCUCCAGCUCUGGCAAGAGGAGCCCGCCUAGCAGAAGCUCUAGGUCCCGCCGCAGCCCCAGCUACUCCCGCUACAGUCCCAGCAGGGAGCGGGACCCCAAGUACAGCGAGAAGGAUUCGCAGCAGCGGGAGCGCGAGCGAGCGCGGCGGAGACGUCGGUCCUACUCGCCCAUGCGGAAGCGCCGGAGAGACUCCCCGAGCCACCUGGAGGCGCGGAGAAUAACGAGUGCCCGGAAACGCCCCAUCCCCUACUACCGGCCCAGCCCCUCUUCGUCCAGCGGCCUCAGCAGCACCUCCUCCUGGUACAGCCGCUCAGCCAGCCGAAGCUCUUCCCGGAGCCUGAGCCACAGCCGCAGCCGCAGCCACAGCCGCAGCCGCAGCCGCAGCCGGACCCGCACUAGCAGCAGCUGCAGCUCCCGCAGCCCCAGCCUGCGCUCGCGGAGCCGGAGCCGGAGCCGGAGCCGGAGCCGGAGCCAGAGCCAGAGCCAGAGCCGGAGCCGGAGCCGGAGCCAGAGCCGGAGCUACAGCUCAGCAGACAGCUACUCCAGCACAAGGCGCUAA